UCGCCGCCGAGGCGCUUGGCGCUUGGGGCCUAGGUCCGGCGGUCAGAGUUGCAACGUCAGUGCCUGGGAGAGUGUCUGUGUCAGUGUCCGUCCGUAGUCCGUGGUGAAUCAAAGCCGCUGGCACGUGCCCUGCACUACACCGUUUGUGUAGCCAUUCCAGUGCCGCUGCAGGAUUGUGUGCGAACCCUCGGCCAUCGGCAUCGGCCCCUCCUCUGGCGACCGUGCGGCCCCCUCGGCCCCUCGCCCCCUCGCCCCUUGUCACAACACUGCCGCUUCAUCCCCAUCCAAACAUGUUCACCAGGGACGUCACCAUCAAGUGGGCAUUCCUCUUAGCCCUUGUUUAUGGUGCAACGUUGGUGCUGUCAGAUGACGACUUAGAUUUGGAUUUGCCUGAUGUUGAAGGACCUAAAUUGUCUGACAUCCCUGGUUUUGAGAAUUUGCCCAUCAACAAAUCAGCUUUACCGGACCCUGCUGAAAUUGAGAGAGUCCUCAGGGAAAAGUGUGUAAGGAUUGGUGGAGAAGAAGCUUUCAAUGCGGCAAAGAAUGCGAAGAGCGAGGCUGAACAGUGUCUGCGAGGCCUUAUUGAUUUUAAGCAGUUAACCGAGGAAAUGGAAAAGGCUAAACCAACCGGUGACUUGGAUGAAGUUUUCCGAAAAUAUUGCAAAAAAUCUCCAAUUUUGGAAGGGUGCAUUAUGGACUUUGUUAAUGCAUCAAACCAGUGUUUAACUGAGGCUGAGCGUGGCUCAAAACAGCUUAUUCACAAUGUCACUAAGCAGCUCUUGGGUUUUGUGUGCUACAAGGAAGGAGAUCGUAUUGCACUGUUUAUUGCUGAAAGUGGUCCUGAGUGCUUGUCUGAUAAGAAGGAGGCUGUAAUGCAUUGUGUCAAUACUACAUUUGGCAAGCACCUCCCAAGUGGCACCCCUAACGUCUUCGAUUUGCCUCAACUGAUUAUGGGAACAGAAGAGUGCAAGGAUGUGUGCAGUGUGCGUCGUUGUGUCGUGAAGGAAUUAGAACAGUGCAAAGAGCCAACUCCUGCCAACAUUGUGCAAGCAAUGUUUGAUUAUGUCCUCAAGGUAACUCCUUGUGACUGCAAAGCUGCCCCACUUCGUGCCAAUCUUAGUAGCAGUUCAAAUGUGUUUAGAUCAGACUUUAUUAGUCUAGCACUUAGCUCAUUAAUUUUGUUCCUCACUUUACAUUAACUUUUACUGUAAAUUUCAUUGGAUAUGAAAUAAUUUUACCAAUUUAUUCCUUCUCUCUUAAAAAAAAAAAUUCUUUUAAAUGUUAAUUUAGGGGUCUUUAUAUAGACUAAGCACUAUGAUCAAAAUUGUUAUAAUUUUAUCUGCAAUGGUGAAAACAUAAUCAGGGUACUCAGCACCUAAGUGCCUAUAUGUUGUGAAAUGCAUAACCUUUCAUAGCUUGUGAUGAAUGCAAUAAUUGUAACUAAGCCAAAUAGAAGCUGUGCAGUUCCAAGUAAACAGUGCUUUGCUGCUCUUGGGUUACUGUUUGAUUUUGUUUUACUUCAUUAUACACUGACUGAUGUAGACCAGGGCUGUUGUGAAAAUGGCUCUUUUAUUUCCAAUCAUAAAUCUUAUUAGUUGUUUUUAAUUUAUAUAAGGAGUGUUUCUGCUGUAGGAUUAUUGUUUUGAAGAGUAAUUUCUCUUUUAACUGUAUUGCCAAUGAAGGAGGCAAAAUGAAUUAAACUGUACUUUUUUAAAUAUAUUUAUUCCACAAAUCCUAGAAAGCUCAAUGCUGGAAACCAUUAGUGAAGUCUUGUCGUUCCGAUUUUUGUAGCUUUUGGACCAUACUGUUCUUUUCAUCUCUUUUGACUGCAUCAUGUUGUCUCCGUCCUUAAUUUUAGAUUGCACAUUUGCAGUGGUGUACAUAGUAUGCGCAAAAGAGAAUGCUUACAAGGCUAAACCACAACACAAAUGGACUACGCCAUUGCAUAUAUUUCUAUUAUAUUCUGUUCAUAAAGAGUUGGUCUUGCGAAUUUGUAUGGUCAAAUGUCUUUGGCAAUGUUUACAUAUAGAUGAACCAAUCAAGUCAAUGAGUAUCUUCUUAUAGACUCUACCUACAUUCUUGUUUCCAUUUUAAUUUUUAUGUUAAGUUUACAACUAUUGUGGGCUGAUGUAGCCCAGGCUGUGAUGGGCUUCUGGAUUUGGCAAUUUACUUGUAAGUCAAGUAGUUCAUAAUUCACAAAAAUUUUUGAAAUUAAACUUUUAUAAAAACACA